AUGUCUACAUCGACCAGCUUCGAGGCCAGAGCCCCUGGCGCUACAGUUCCUCUUAUCAUUGGAAACAAAGAUGUCACAACACCAAAUACCUUCGAUGUGAAUAAUCCAGGCAAAGGCUACGUUGAGCACAUAUGCAGCACUGCCGAUACCGAGCAUGCUACGCUCGCCGUGGAAUCGGCCGAAAAAGCCUUCCCAGAGUGGUCUCAAACCAAACCAGCUACUCGCAGGGACAUCUUGUUGAAGACAGCCGAUAUUUUCCUUGCUAGAAAAGAUGAAUUCGUUGGAUAUAUGUGCGAAGAGACUGGUUCCCAACCAGACUUUGCAGAAUUUAUCUUGAUGCUUGGUGUGAACCUUCUGAAAGAUGUUGCAGGCAAGGUGUCAGGAAUCGAAGCUGCUUCUCCUGCCCUAGUCCAAGAGGGCACGAGCGCGCUUGUCUACAAGCAACCUUAUGGCGUUGUCCUAGGUAUUGCUCCCUGGAAUGCGCCCUAUAUUUUGGGCACACGAGCCGUGGCGCUUCCCAUCGCGGCCGGAAAUAGUACAGUUCUCAAAGGCUCCGAACUCUCACCGAAAUGUUUCUGGGCGAUUGGAGAUGCAUUCAGACAAGCUGGACUUCCCGAUGGUUGCCUAAACGUCAUUUAUUCCCGACCUGCAGAUGCCCCCGAGGUGACUCAAACUCUGAUAGCUCACCCUGCGGUCAAAAAGUUGAGCUUCACCGGAAGCACACUUAUCGGGCGUAAGGUUGCACUCCUUGCGGCGCAAUAUAUCAAGCCUGUCAUUCUGGAGCUUGGCGGAAAAGCCCCCACGGUCGUUCUCGAGGAUGCCGAUAUAGAGAAGGCAGCCCUUGGCGCAACACUUGGCUCUUUCAUCCACACUGGACAAGUCUGCAUGUGUACCGAGCGAAUUAUCGUGCACAGGAGCAUUGCCGACAAGUUCCGCGAAGCCUUGAAAGCCACAGUCAAUAAUGUUCUCGGCGGUCCAAGCACACAGCUCGUUGCGGUCAACCCAGCGGCCAUCACCAAGAAUAAAGACUUAGUUCGGGAUGCUAUCUCCAAGGGCGGUAAAGUCUUGAUCGGAGAUCUCGAUACCGAAGCAACUUCCAAUACCCGCAUGGGGCCAGUCGUUGUUGAGAAUGUCACCGAAGAUAUGGACAUCUACAAAACCGAGUCGUUCGGUCCGACCGCGUCACUUUUCGUGGUUGAAAGUGACGAUGAAGCGAUUAAGCUUGCCAAUGAUACUGAGUACGGCCUCAGUGCUUCUGUAUACACUGAAAGCCUAGCCAGAGGGCUGAAAGUUGCCAAACAGAUAGACUCCGGGUAUGUUCCCUCCUUGUGGUUUUUAUGGAUGUCUUCUAACGAGAUUAACAGAGCUGUGCAUAUCAACUCAAUGACUGUUCACGAUGAAGCAGCCCUUCCUCAUGGUGGAGUCAAGAGUAGCGGGUAUGGUCGCUUUGGAACCAAUAUGUUGGAUGAGUUCUUGUGGACCAAGUCUGUGACCUGGGUAGACUAG